GAGAGGAAACUGGCCCUAAUUGUGGGAACACCGAAGAAAGAGGGGUACAUCCAGAGGGCUAAGAAAAAUCAAAGAAACUUCCUGCUGUGUAAUUCCACGUAACGUGCAUUUAACAUGGUCCUGCGUGGAUGCGCUGAUGACUAAGUAAAGGCGUGAUUAGCCCCUUCGCCCUCCAGUGGGAGCCAUACAUCGUUACCUCUCCCAGGCAGCCACGUCGCUCCGCUAGGGAUGAUGUCGGGGUACCCGCGGCAGGGAGCGGCCCGCGGGAUUUAGGGCCUCACAAACACACACCAUUCACAGUUCAGCACCCACACUCCCCAGCAGCGGCCCCCUAACCCUUACACCAGGAAGCUCACUGCCUCCGGAGAGUAGCUCCGGGCGGGGUGUGGGCUCCACUCCUCCAGCGCGGUGUGGGCGCGGGCAGCGGCGCUCCCAGGCGCACUAGGGUGCCCAGGCGCCACCCCGACUGUGCUGCCCCAGGUGCCCGGGGGGCAGCGGCCGCUUGGUCAGGAUUAGGGUGGGGGUAGGGGGUCCCCUAUUCUUGGGAACCUCCUUAGUCCUCUUCCUUAGGUUGGCUCCUCCUCCUCCAGGCGCGGGGCUCGUGCCCGCUGCUGCCUGCGCGCAUCGCGCCUCCGCGCCCCCACCCCUGGCUCCUGCCAUCGCUACUCCCUCCUCCUCUUCCUCCUCCUCCUCCGCCCAUCACCGCCACUACGGACGCCUUCGCCGCCUACUCCUCGCGCGGCCACGACUCCUCAAGCUCUGCUCCAGCUUCCACCAGCCCAUCGGUUCGCUGCCUGCUCUUUAGGCUGCUGCAGUCUCUCUCUCUCUCUCUCUCUCUCUCUCUCUCUCUCUCUCUCUCUCUCUCUCUCCUCAAGUUUUCUGUGGAGACAGAAUCAGAGCCACUGGAGGAAAACAUCUACUUCUGCUUGCUGUUCAGCUUCGCAAACAAGGAAGAUGAGGACAAAAUUGAGCACUUGCAACGUAUGGUUUCCGCUGCUUGUUCUCCUGGUUUGGAACCCAGCCAGGUUGGUGCUGGCUAACAUCCAAGAAGAUGAGGCUAAAAAUAAUAUCACCAUCUUUACAAGAAUUCUAGACAGACUUCUGGAUGGUUACGAUAAUCGUCUUAGACCAGGACUGGGAGACAGUAUUACUGAAGUCUUCACCAACAUCUAUGUGACCAGUUUCGGCCCUGUCUCAGAUACAGAUAUGGAAUAUACAAUAGAUGUUUUCUUUCGACAAAAAUGGAAAGACGAGCGGUUAAAAUUUAAAGGUCCCAUGAAUAUCCUUCGACUUAACAACUUAAUGGCUAGCAAAAUCUGGACUCCGGACACCUUCUUUCACAACGGGAAAAAGUCAGUGGCUCACAAUAUGACAAUGCCAAACAAGCUGCUUCGAAUCCAGGAUGACGGAACAUUGCUGUACACCAUGAGGCUUACAGUCCAAGCCGAAUGUCCAAUGCACUUGGAGGACUUUCCAAUGGAUGCUCACUCAUGCCCACUGAAAUUUGGAAGCUAUGCUUACACGACCUCGGAAGUCACUUAUAUUUGGACUUACAAUGCUUCUGACUCUGUUCAGGUUGCUCCUGAUGGCUCUAGGUUAAAUCAGUAUGAUUUGCUGGGCCAGUCAAUUGGGAAGGAGACAAUUAAAUCAAGCACAGGUGAAUACACGGUAAUGACAGCUCAUUUCCACUUGAAAAGGAAAAUUGGGUAUUUUGUGAUUCAGACCUAUCUGCCUUGCAUCAUGACUGUCAUUCUCUCCCAAGUGUCAUUCUGGCUGAACAGAGAAUCGGUGCCAGCGAGAACUGUGUUCGGAGUAACAACUGUUUUGACAAUGACCACAUUAAGCAUCAGUGCUCGAAAUUCCCUCCCCAAAGUGGCCUAUGCCACUGCCAUGGACUGGUUUAUCGCUGUUUGUUACGCGUUUGUGUUCUCUGCCUUAAUUGAAUUUGCAACUGUUAAUUACUUCACGAAAAGAGGAUGGGCUUGGGAUGGAAAGAGUGUAGUAAAUGACAAGAAAAAAGAGAAAGGCUCCGUCAUGAUACAGAACAACGCCUAUGCUGUAGCUGUUGCCAACUACGCCCCGAAUCUUUCCAAAGAUCCUGUCCUCUCUACCAUUUCCAAAAGUGCAACUACUCCAGAACCAAACAAGAAGCCAGAGAACAAGCCAGCCGAAGCCAAGAAAACUUUCAACAGUGUCAGCAAAAUCGACAGAAUGUCUAGAAUAGUGUUCCCAGUUCUGUUUGGUACUUUUAAUUUAGUUUACUGGGCUACCUAUUUAAACCGGGAGCCUGUAUUAGGGGUUAGUCCUUGAGUCUAGACAUUGGUUACUUUGGGGCUGUAUUGCAGUGUUACAUUUAGUUUUUGUUUUUGUUUUUGUUUUGUUUUCAUUUUUGCUUUGUACAGUCUGACUAAUAACUGCUAAUUUAUGACCCAAUAUGUAUAGUAUGUAUAUAAUGGUAGAGCUUACCAGUAGACCUCUAAAGGAGACCUGCACUUGCUAGCUCAUGGAAAUACAGGCAGAAAACAUCCCGUGCCAGAAGAGCCAUUGCCUUUUCAACACAUUUACCUAGGACCUAGUUCAAAGUGGAUUUCAGAUCCCAUAAUUUAUUUAUUAAUGUUCUAAUUAGAAUGAAAGUUGAGAUCCUAUGUCACACUUCGGGAAACCUUUGAUUUAGAUAUUCAUAGAGAAAUAUUUCUACGGAUGCCUCAGGAUGAUCAGAGAUUAAUAUUGUCACUCAAAUAUAUGAAACAGCUAAACCUCUGGCCUGGUUGCUUUAGGAGAGUUCAGAACCCCUGCUAGUGUAAUUGGAAGCUUGACACACAUAAGGAGAGAGCUAGAGAUGUGAAAAAAGCAUUUAAUUACUAUGUAGAAUAUCUAUAGCCAUGUACAUAUUACAAGCAUGACAAGCUCAAGUAACUAUGAGUCACCAUGACAGGAUGUUAAUUAUGCUUAAAUUAAGUAACUAUUGGAAUGUCACAGUCAUUAUAUUUUUAGCUUCAGAGUUUAUUUGAAAGUAGUAACUGAACCUUACAGUUCACUUCAAUCAUUGGAAACUACCUAACAUUAAAAAAAAAUAAAAUAAAUAGGAAGAUAUAUGGACUUAGUCUUUCCAGGUGUGUGCUGUCAGCUGAAAUUUUCUGGUGCUGGAGAAUGGAAGAAAUCCGCCAUCUUGGCAGCAGCAGAGCAACGUUCACGCGUAUCAGAUUAGAAAGCUGUGCCAAAAACUCCAAGCAAUGAGAAUUCAUAGGUGUCCCAGGUACGGAUGAGCACUUAUAUGAUUCUCUUCUUUCCUGUUUACUGCAAAUUCUGCCUUAAGGCUUCUUCUCAUCAGGGCUCAGAAGCCGCUCAUUUUAAAGGAAAGGGCAGUUGGUUGGCACACUUUUCUGUCUGGAAAGCAGCUUUCUUUUUCACACAAGAGUUAAUGUAAAUCCGCUUUUGUAAAUCGCAAACUUUCAAUUUCAUUGACUCGAAUUUACAGCAGCUUUGUAUACCAGAAGAGGUUUUGGUAAGAGUUGAACAUUUUUAAACAAUGACUUUAAGACAUCAUCAACAGAUUGUGGAUUAUAUCACACACCACACACACACACACACACACACACACACACACACACACACACACACACACACAUCCCACGUAGCUAAAUUAGGAAACAUGAUUUUCAAUUUUAUAAAGUUUCUGAUUGUUAAUGGGUAAAACUCAUGUUUCUUUUAAUGUAUCAAAUGAUAUUAUGUAUGUCCCUAAAAUAUGUCCCUGAAAUAAGCUGAACUGUGUUUCUGUCAGACUAAAUUUACCUAUGACUGAUGUGUAUAUUAGCAGUUAUUAGUUGACUUUUAAAAUUAAAUGCAACUUCACGAUGAUGUUUUUGUAGAAAUUAAGUAGUCAAGCCGUGGCAUUUCUUGCAAUUUUGUACAGUAUUUGAGUAUAGUGCAAAUUGGGUCUGUUCACAAAAUCAAUAAAAGGGGCAUCUUCUGGAAAAUAAGCAAACUCUCAACAACAACCAAACACCCUGCUGUUCCUUUGUCUCAUUCGACUUUUCCCGUUUUAUUUUCUAGUGGGAUUUUACUAUCUGCUUUGCAUGAUGGUGUUCAUACCAGGGUCACAGCUUCAUCUUACUAACAGAAUUCGCUAUGAAGACAGCCUUGACAUUAAAACCUUCCUCACAAAAACAAAGAGUAAUCCAUAAACCUUAAUAAAAAUAUUACAUGAGCCAAUAAAUGUAUUUUGUUAAUUCCCUUUCAGUAACAUCUUCUCUAUCAUCUAAACAAGUUUUAGAGUGUGAAUAUUGCCCAUUUGAGUGAAAUAAAAUAUCCCCUGGUUUCUUAAAUACUUACGUACAAACAAGGCUCUUGUGGUUAGGUCCGGCAUGGGUGCAGCAGUGAAGUGGUGUGACACUCGAAUGCUUUCUAUGGCAUAUGUUGCCAUACCUUAGGACCAGCUUAGGGUGGUGGAAGAGAGCUCAGAGGGUGAUGGCACAUCAUAUUUCUCUUGCAGAAGGCUUGAUUUCAAAUUCCCAGCACCCACGUAGUAGCUCACAAUUACCUGUGACGAGAGCUCCAGGAGAUCUGACAUUCUCUGUAGGACUCCUUGGCUAGUACUACACAUGUGUUCACAUACCCCAUGACCCAAAAUAAUUUUAAAUAUAAAAUAAAUCUUUAAAAUUAGUAACUUAUCCUUCUGUCCCACCCUUUUGGUGGCUGAUUAUAAGUUACAUUAUUAUAAGUAUUUACAUAUAUAAAAAUAGUUCUUAAAUAAUUUUUACAGGUAAACCGAAAAGAUCCAUUUGUAUCUUCAACAAAGUGCUGGAGAUUAUGUUGAUGGCAGUAUUUUUCAGGAUGUUUAUUGAUUUUUGUUUUUAUUUUUUAUGGAAGACAGGUGUUUUUUUAUAUUCUUAUAUGUAAACAUCUCUCAUAUCACAAAUAUAGACUCUAGGUAAACAUAAAUUUUUAUUAUAAAUACCUAACUUAUAUAAAUAUAUCAAUCACAUUAAUAAUGAAAAAUUUAUGAGCUAUAGACCUACUAAGCUGGGGCUGUUCUUCUUUUUCCCUUAUUCUCCUUAACAAUAAAUACAGUAAAAAAA